UGGUACUAAGCAAACUUCUAACGCUGAUUCAUUUUGAUACUAUAAUUACAUAUGUAUCUUACAGGUCGGUAUUUUACUCACAGGACUUAAGUACAAUACGUAACGUGCAGCAGGAAAUAUGCUUUCUGGAAUUAUCUUGUGCAGGAGAAUGUUCAAAUAUGCUUCAACCAUCCAAGUCUGCAAUAGACAUGUAAGAGUUCAAUGGUGGCCGACGUUGGAAAAUCCAUGGGUCGAAGACUCUUUGACUGAUGAUGAUCUACUGAAGAGAAAACCAGUGGAUUAUGAGAUUAGUCAAGCAGAAUAUGUAUGGGUAGAAAAAAUUUUGAAGAACACUAAAAUCCCGUUUCCUAAAAAUAUUGUGGCUCCUACUCCUAGUGGCUGGAUACCCCCAAUCCCUGAACUAUCAAAGGAUGUACCCUAUUCUGUCCGAAGGUCGAAAAAUCACAUGCUACCUGUUUAUUACACAGAGAAACAGAGAAAGAAAAAAGAGCAUACACAUGGGACUCGACAGCUGACAGUCAUUAGGCAUGUUGAUGGAGAUAUGCAAGCUCUGGCUGAUGAUCUCCGGACGCUUCUUCAACCGAAAUGCGAAGCUGGGUUGUUUCUUUGCCAAGUAGAUGAAGUAACACGUUGUAUAAAAAUUGAAGGGUUAUUCCAAGAAGAGGUAGCUAAAUUUCUUCUUAGUAAGGGGUUUUGAGAGUUGUACAAAAGUAAUCAUGUAUAUACUAAAUAAACAAUGUUCUCGCUAUACAAA